AUGGAGGGGAAGGACGCAAUCACCACGGAAAGCACCCUGCUUCUCAACCUGACCACUGUCGCCACGCAAGGAUUUCCCGGACAAAGUUCCCCGUACACGCCAACACAGGCAGUACUUAUCGCUCUGGUGCUCGGCGGCAUCAUCCUCUUCACUGUGAUCGGGAACAUUCUGGUCUGCGUCGCCGUGUUCCUCGUUAAGAAGCUGCGAAGGCCGUGCAACUAUCUGUUGGUUAGCCUGGCAGUUAGCGAUCUCUGCGUCGCUCUCCUGGUAAUGCCGAUGGCGUUGCUCUACGAGAUCUCCGGUAAUUGGUCCUUCGGCAAAAUUAUGUGCGACCUUUGGGUUAGCUUCGACGUACUCAGUUGCACCGCCAGCAUCCUCAAUCUCUGCAUGAUCUCCGUGGACCGAUUCUGCGCGAUAACAAAGCCGCUGAAGUACGGGGUGAAGAGGACACCGCGACGAAUGAUCAUCUACGUCAGCCUAGUUUGGUUGGCGGCGGCCUGCAUCAGUCUGCCUCCCUUGUUGAUCAUGGGGAACGAGCAUACUACCGAGACCGGCGCGACCACGUGUACCGUCUCCCAGAACUCCUACUAUCAGAUCUAUGCCACGUUUGGAAGCUUCUACAUACCACUCGUCGUUAUGAUUCAGGUGUACGUGAAGAUAUUCCUCGCUGCACGGAGGAUAGUCUUGGAGGAGAAGCGGGCUCAGAGCCACCUGGAGGCUCACUGCUACCUUGACAUAGAGCCGACGGUGCAGCAGCAUCAACCGGCUGCUGUGAACCGUCAAUUAAACUCGGACACGCAGCCAGGCCACGGAAGUCCACAGGUGAAGCAGCACCGAAGUUCCAGCGCCUCUACAACGUGCAGCGGCCACGCGGUGAGGUGCUUCGCGGGUGGUCCACGCAAGAGCAACGAGUCGCAGUGUCCAAUGCUGCAGAAGCUCGAGAAGCCCGUCCUCUCCUCGUCAACGACGACCACGCCACCGAUGACGUCGACCAAGUCGACGAUCGUGAGGAACCACCUGAACAGCACCUGUAGCGUGACGAAUUCUCCUCACCAGAAGAAGCAGAGGUUCAGCAUCAUAAUGAGCGCCUUCAUCGUCUGUUGGCUACCGUUUUUCGUAUUGGCCCUGGUCAGACUGUGUUUAUCAGACCCCCAAGCCAUCCCGGCGUUUCUAUCCAGUCUGUUCCUUUGGCUCGGUUAUUGCAACAGCCUAUUGAACCCCAUCAUCUACGCAACCCUAAACAGGGACUUCAGAAAGCCGUUCCGCGAGAUCCUCUACUUCCGUUGCAGCAACCUGAACCGCAUGAUGAGGGAGGAGUUUUAUCAGAGCCAGUACGGCGAUCCUAUCAACAACUGCGACAUGAAGGCAAGCGAGAUGGACGACGCCGAGCGUCUGAACAAUCAGGGUAUCGAGGCGAUCGACAUCGCCGCGAGCGCUCCUAACGAGAGCUUCCUGUGAUCUCAGAGUGAUCUCGAUCGUCAAACCGAUCGCGAGACCCUCGAAACGGACCUGGAUCAACCAUGAUCUCGGGUCUAACUCGACUAUCAGAGGACUACCGUCGAGCUCGAUCGAUGUUCCGGUUUCGCGAACGAAACCGAUCCUAGAUUAUCCGCAGGCUGGUAGAACGUAACUCUGCUUUCGAUUUCCGAUAACUGGCUACCCGAUGGACUUGGCCGUUCGCCACGUUGCAAUUGGAUAGACGAACCGUGACGAGAGUCAAGAUCUAAUUUCUCCCGGAGACUUCCUUCCAACUGACUAAGUAAACGUAUUCAAAAUCGUAACUGUACGUUCGAUGAUCAUGCAUGUUAACGUAGACUCAGCGACUCGGUCGAUUUCUCGUCUUAGAUCAUCCGAAGCGGGUCGAAGAAUCUAAAUGACCUGUUCCCGACAAGUAUCGCUAUUUUCAGCUGGAUCGACCUCUGCAACCUGUCGCGUCGUGGUCAGGCGUCCAAGAGAGACCUCGUGAAAUCCUUUUCGUUUCGUGACAGGCGAAGAAAUGGUCCAAGCACUGUCUCUGUGGAGCGACAGCAGCUGCAAGAACAGACGCUGCUCCGACUGCACUGGGAUCGCGUGAAGAGUGAGACGCGGUGAAGAAGG